AUGGAAGGUGCAACAACAGCAAGGGCAGAGGGGGCAGGGGUGGUGGUAGUGGCAGCAGCGGAGGGGGUGGCGGGGGUGGUGGUGGGGGUGGUGGUGGGGGUGGUGGAGGCUCUGGGGGUGGCUCUGUGGGUGGCGGCAGUGGAGGAGGAGGAUAGGGUGGAGGAGGCGGCGGUGGUGGGGGAGGCAGUUGGGGUAGCGGGGGAGGCGGAGGAGGUCGGGGUGCUAGUGAGUCUGCUGCCGCCCUAG